AUGGCAUUCCACUAUCAGUCAUCAGGAGAUCUGGGUUGGGACAGGAGGCCGUAUAUUGGGAUUGGCUCCCAAAACGAGCGUAAAAAGGUUGACUGGUCAUUUUCUGAGACACAAAUUGCUUCAUCAACCCUUGAGCUCGGUAUUCAAUUACCAGCAGACGACGACGAUGUAACUCGUGGGACGUCUUCCGCUUCGCAUAUGGCCGCGGCCUCAGACCGCUCUUCUACAUCACCAUCGCCAGAACACAACACAGAAGAAUCAAGAGUCGAGAGACCUAAGCAAGUCUCUCAUUUCGAAAAAGAAAAGACUCGAUGGAUCCCCAAGCCGCCUCCGCCUACAUUCUCACAGGGCAGUGAUCAAAACACCAACAACGAAGUAGACAAGCAUACAAAAGGGCCAAAUGAGCCUGGAGAUUCUCGAACACCAGACGGAAAUGAUGAUGAAGAAAAAAACGAGGAGACGGGUUACGGGCAAGCAUCUGUUCCUGUCCAAGUCAAGAUGACAUUGCAUGAUAGCCAUGCUAUUGCAGAGACGUGGAAGGAUGGAACAAUGUCGAUGAAGCAGGAGUUCCCACCAGAGGGACAUUAUUGCCUUGUACGGUUACUGAAUGAGAGUUGUUGGAGCUGGUAUCCGCAGGCUGAUGUAAGAGAGCGCUCUUGA